AUGCCGAAACCUGGUGAAAGGAAUGUAUUGAUCACUUCCGCCCUUCCUUACGUCAACAACAUGCCGCACCUGGGUACGGUGAUUGGAUGUGUGCUCAGCGCGGACGUGUUCGCAAGGUUUUGCCGAUUGCGGGGAUAUAACACGCUGUACAUUUGUGGUACUGAUGAGUACGGCACGGCAACGGAAACGAAGGCCAUGGAAGAAAAGGUGACUCCACAGCAAGUAUGUGAUAAGUACUUCAAGAUUCACAAGGAAACGUACGAAUGGUUCAACGUUGAGUUCGAUUAUUUUGGACGUACUACCACCGAACAACAGACA